AUGACGACGGCAGCGUUUUUGGAUGCGUUGGAUAACUUCAUUGGUCGUCGCGGUCGACCAUCAGUCAUUUAUAGCGACAAUGGCACGAACUUUGUUGGAGCCAACAACAUUUUUGAUAAGCUCAAUUGGCACACAAUCGCUAAGACUAGCUCUGCUAAACGAAUAAACUGGAUUUUUAAUCCACCAACUGCAGCAUGGUGGGGAGGUUGGUGGGAGCGUUUAGUAGGUAUGGUAAAAGUUAUUCUACGCAAGGUUCUCCGAAAGGCCUGUCUGACAUACGACCAGAUGUACACCGUUUUAAUUAACUGCGAGCGUACAAUCAAUUCGCGUCCCUUGACAUACGUAUCUGAGUCACCGGAGGAUUUGAAACCCCUUACUCCUGCCAUGUUCUUGAACGAUGUAGGAGAAUCGGAAUGUCCGGACAUCGAUAUUUUUAGAAAGACUGAUCUCAAUAAGGCUAUCCGACGUAGGCAGGAAGUGAUGGAACACUUACGCGAGCGUUUCCGCAGAGAGUACCUGAGUCAACUAGUUUUUAAAGGUGACACCAAAGAAACUCGUGCAAUAAAAGUAGGAGAUAUUGUUAUAAUAGGCGACGAUAAUCGGAAGCGUAUUAACUGGCCCUUAGCUAAGGUUGAAAGAUUGAUUGAAGGGCGUGACGGUGUAGUGCGAGUGGCAAUUUUGAAAACGAAGGAUGGCAUUUUAAACAGGCCGUUGCAGCGAAUUUAUCCUCUAGAGAUUGAAAGUAACACUGUUCAUGAGAAUGAAACGAAUGAAAUAGUGACCGAUAAAACUAUUCCUAAGAGUGUCAGUGAGGAAAGGUGCGAACCUAAAGUUAGCGGUAAUGCGGAUAAGGUUCUGCAGACUCGGAGUGGGCGUAUCAUUAAGAAACCUGGCUACUAUGCAUAA